AUGGGUGGGGGAGUGAUUAAAGGGACAGAAGAGGACCUUAGUGAAGAAAUAAGGUGUUUCAUUCAAACAGAUGGGAAGGAAGGAGAGCUGGCCGUUAUUGGAGCUGGAAUUGGUGGCACCUCAGCAGCCUAUUAUCUGCGGCAGAAAUUUGGGAAAGAUGUGAAGAUUGACCUGUUUGAAAGAGGAGAGGUGGGGGGCCGCCUGGCCACCAUUACUUUACAGGGGCAAGAAUAUGAAGCAGGAGGUUCUGUCAUCCAUCCUCUAAAUCUGCACAUGAAGCGUUUUGUCAAGGACCUGGGUCUCUCUACUAUUCAGAGUUCUGGUGGCCUCAUAGGGGUCUCUAACGGAGACACUCUGGUGUUUGAGGAGAGCAGCUGGUUUAUAAUUAACAUAAUUAAGCUAAUUUGGCAGUAUGGAUUUCAGCCCCUUCGAAUGCACAUGUGGGUAGAGGAUGUAUUAGACAAGUUUAUGAGGAUCUACCGCUACCAGUCUCAUGACUAUGCCUUCAGUAGUGUAGAAAACUUACUACAUUCUCUAGGAGGGGACGACUUCCUUGGGAUGCUUAACCGGACAUUUCUUGAAACCUUACAGAAAGCAGGUUUUUCUAAGAAAUUCCUUGAUGAAAUGAUUGCUCCUGUCAACAGGCUCAAUUACGGCCAAAGCAUGGACGUCAAUGGCUUUGUAGGGGCAGUGUCACUAGCUGGUGCUGAUUCUGGCCUUUGGGCGGUAGAAGGUGGCAAUAAACUUGUUUGUUCAAAGCUCCUUCAGGCUUCCAAAAGCAACCUUAUAUCUGGCUCAGUAAUGUACAUAGAGGAGAAAACAAGAACCAAGCAGACAGGACACCCCACAAAGAUGUAUGAAGUGGUCUACCAAACUGGAUCUGAGACCCGUUCAGGCUUUUAUGACAUCGUCUUGGUGGCCACUCCACUGAAUCGAAAAAUGUCCAAUAUAACUUUUCUCAACUUUGAUCCUCCAAUUGAAGAAUUCCAUCAAUACUACAAACAAAUAGUGGCAACUUUUAUUAAGGGGAAGUUGAAUUCAACUUCUUUUAGCUCCAGAGCCUUAGAUGAAUUUGGUCUCAGUACAAUCUUAACCACUGAUAAUUCACAUUUGUUUAUUAAUAGCAUUGGGAUUGUGUCCCCUGUAAAAGAAAAUAAUAAUCCUCAACCAUCUACAGAUGGAGCUUUUGUUUGGAAGACCUUUUCCCCGGAAACUCUUACUAACGAGCAACUUUUAAAGCUCUUUUUGUCCUAUGAAUAUGCUGUGAAGCAGCAGUGGCAUGCAUAUCCUUACUAUAAGCCUCCAGAUAAAUGCCCCCCCAUCAUACUCCAUGAUCGACUUUAUUACCUCAAUGGCAUAGAGUGUGCAGCGAGUGCCAUGGAAAUGAGUGCCAUUGCAGCCCACAAUGCCGCUCUCCUUGCCUAUCAUCGCUGGAACGGGCACACAGAUAUGAUUGACCAAGAGGAUUUGUAUGAGAAACUGAAAACUGAACUAUGAGAUAACACUUUCAUUCCCCCCCCUCCUGGUUCCAAAUGGAAUAUCACUGGCAAAAAAGAACACAAUCUGAGCAGAGAUGAUUUUGAAUCAGAUAUUUUGCCAUUAUCAUUGUUUAACAAGAGUAAUCCCAGUGAGUCAUGGGAAAAUACAAAGGUCUAAGUGUGAAGGUGUAACUAUUGUAUUUAUGCCAUCUCCAAAAUGUGUGUGUAAUUUUCAGAGUACAUUUAUUAAAGCUGGCGACUGUGAAACAAA